AUGGCCGCGAAACGGAAGCGCUCCCGGACAGCCACCCCACACAGCAGCGCGGCGCGCGCACCUGGCAUGCCUGGAUGUCCCUGCUCUGGCUGUGGCAUGGCGGGCCAAAGGCUCCUCUUCUUCAUUGCUGUUUCCCUGGAGCUCCUGGGAGGGGCUGGGGGCUCCCAGCAGGCCCUCCGGAACCGGGGGGCUGCAGCCGCCUGUCGCCUAGACAACAAGGAAAGCGAGUCCUGGGGGGCCCUGCUAAGCGGGGAGAGGCUGGACACCUGGAUCUGCUCCCUCCUGGGCUCACUCAUGGUGGGACUCAGCGGGGUCUUCCCAUUGCUGGUCAUUCCCCUGGAGAUGGGGGCCACACUGCGCUCAGAAGCUGGGGCCCAGCGCCUGAAGUGGCUGCUCAGCUUUGCCCUGGGGGGACUGCUGGGCAAUGUGUUUCUCCACCUGCUCCCCGAGGCCUGGGCCUACACGUGCAGCUCCAGCCUGAGUGGUGAGAGGCAGAGUCUGCAGCAGCAACAACAACUGGGGCUGUGGGUCAUUGCUGGCUUCCUGACCUUCCUGGCUUUGGAGAAGAUGUUCCUGGACAGCAAGGAGCAUGAGGGGGCCAACCAGGCCCCCAGCAAAGACCCCGCUGCUGCCGCGCUCAAUGGAGGCCGCUAUCUGGCCCAGCCGGCUGCAGAGCCCGGCCUGAGCGCCGUGGUCCGGAGCAUCAAAGUCAGUGGCUAUCUCAACCUGCUGGCCAACACUAUAGACAACUUCACUCAUGGGCUGGCUGUGGCUGCCAGCUUCCUCGUGAGCAAGAAGAUUGGGCUCCUGACCACCAUGGCCAUCCUUCUGCACGAGAUCCCCCAUGAGGUCAGCGACUUUGCCAUCCUGCUCCGGGCCGGCUUUGACCGAUGGAGCGCAGCCAAGCUGCAGCUCUCAACGGCACUGGGGGGCCUGCUGGGGGCCUGCUUCGCCAUCUGUACACAGUCCCCCAAGGGAGUAGGUACGGGCGUGAGGAGACUGUGGCCUGGAUCCUGCCUUUCACCUCUGGCGGCUUCCUCUACAUCGCUCUGGUGAACGUGCUGCCCGACCUCCUGGAGGAAGAUGACCCAUGGCACUCCCUGCAGCAAGUGCUUCUGCUCUGCGCAGGGAUCGUGGUGAUGGUGCUGUUCUCGCUCUUCGUGGAGUAACCAUCCCUGACACCCUGUCCCCCCAGCAAUAAGACUCGGAUUUACUCUGUGACCUGUGUGAAGGCAGAGAGGGCGAGUGUCUGUGAGAGCCAGUGAGCUUCUGACCAGACAAAGGGAUGGUAUGUGUGUGUGCGUGUGUGGUGUGUGUAUGUGCGCACAGAGGUGUGUGAGACCGACACUGUGAUCCCUCCUGCGCUGGGCCCAGGGCCCAUGCCCGUGCCCGCCCCCAGCCACACUGUGGUCCUCUCUCCUUGCCACCCUGUCAUCUUGUACCUCCCAGAGAGAGUAGUGAGGGAACCAGCACUGGCCCCAGGCAGACGCCCCUCCCCACCAUGACCCCAAGGGGAGUGAAGGGCAGCCCCAGGAGCCCCAGGCUGCAGGGAACUCCAGAGCUCUCCCACUGUGGCCUCAUAGAUGGGUCCCUGGCUGAGAGAAUAAACCCCUCUGCUCAUGUACCCAGCCCUGGGCAGCCUCCAGGCAGGCUGGGGUGACUUCCCUCUGCAGUAUCCAUGGUCCUGGCCCUUCCUUCGCCAGCUCUAAGGCCAAAGAGAGGAGAGGCAGGUGCUCUUGCAGCCCCAGCCCCACUCAGCACUGACAGUCCCACCCAUCCCAGCACAGAAAUGGGAGAUGCUUUUUAAGACUUUUCCCUUGGGCUGCCCGCCCUGGGCCAGCUCCUGUCCCCAGUGAAUGUUCCUUGGCAGCGCUAGCAGCUCUUGCCACCUCCAGCUGCCAAACAGCAGCCUGCAGGGCAGCCAGCAGCCCCGGGCCAGAGAGGCCUCCCGGUCCAGCUCAGGGAUGCUCGAGCCAGCACAGGGGCCAGGCAGACAUUCUGGGGACAGGAAGAGAGUGGGUCAUGGCUGCCCCUCCCUGCUCGGGCCCCUGUUCCUGUCCCACUUCGAGGAGGGGUGGGGGGUGAGGGCUCCAUGUUGUCAGCACUCAGGAAUGCGCUCUGGGAGAAUGCUGAAGCCAUAAUCCCCAGCUAUUUCCCUUGGCUGAUGCCCAGGUACUCAGCUGGCUCACUCCACAGCCAAGCCCAAGCCCAGCUGCUCAACCAUGGACGUUCUCAGAAGUGGCCACCAAGGGGGUCUGAAUGGUUUUACAGCAGUUUUGCUGAUUCCGUUUGUAUCUGUAAAUACCUAUUCUAUAUGUAAGAUUCAAAUAAAUA